UUCUUCCUCUCCAGGGAGAAUAAAUGCUCCCCUUUCCGCAAGCUUGGAUGGAGUUCAUCCCCGCUUGUCUGCUCCCCUUUCCAUACGCUGAAUUCUCAUUUUCUCCUGCCGGAUCUGAUGGAGGCGGCGGAAGACGCUUCGCUGGAACCCGCGAUUGCAUGGCUGGUGCAGACCAUCCUCGCCACCCUCCUGGUCGACAAAUUGGAUACAUGGAUUCGCCAAGCUGGGUUUGGCGAUGACAUCGAGAGGCUCAAGUCGGAGAUCAGGAGAGUCGGGAUGGUGAUCUCUGCUGUCAAGGGGAGGGCGAUCGGUAACGAGCCGCUGGCUCAAUCUCUCGCUAUUCUCAAGGAGCUGCUCUACGACGCCGACGACGUGGUUGACGAACUCGACUACUACAGGCUGCAACAGCAAGUCCAAGGAGUUACAAGGGACGAGUCCGAAGGUAUGCAUGGAGUUGAGCGAGUCGAUGAGAUAUCGAGGGAUGCUGAUACACCAAAUAGCAGUGUUGGCAAAUUACGGUCUGUGGUAUGGCAACACUUCAAGAUCACAGAAAAAUAUAACGGAAAGCCCGUAAAAUCAGUAUGUAGAUAUUGUGCCAAAGAGUUCACAUGCGAGACGAAGAACGGAACAUCAUCUAUGAGCAAGCAUAUCAACAAGAUUUGCAAGAAGAAACCUAGAGUGCUUCCAGCAAACCUUUCAAGGGCUGAUGACGCUAUUACAAAUUCUGUACCUGUUGUAAUUGGUGAUUCAUGUAGCAGAAAAAGAAGGAGAGUUGAGGAGGAUUCAACACAAAUCAUUGCAUCGAAUACACAAACCCCUUGGGACAAGGAUAUAUUAUCCAGUAGGAUACAAAAAAUUGCCAGUCAAUUACAAGACAUCCGAGGGGACCUGGGCGAGUUUCUCAAGCUACAAGGAUCGGACUUAGCUUCCAAUUCAAAUCACCAUCCGAGUACAGACUUAGAUCAGCGCCUAAGGACAUCAAGUCUUCUUCCAAGAAAAGUUUAUGGAAGAGAUGCAGAAAAAGACUGCAUUGUAAAGAUGGUAACAGAAGAAAGAUCAGAUGGCGUAGCUGUUCUGCCUAUUGUAGGCAUUGCAGGUGUUGGGAAAACAACUCUUGCUCAACUUGUAUACAAUGAUCCAAAUGUGGAACGUCAAUUUGACCAAAAGGUAUGGGUUUGGGUGUCUCACAAUUUUGACGAAGUGAGGCUAACCAGGGAGAUGUUGGACUUUGUUUCUCCAGAACGGCACCAAGGAUUUCCUAACAAAAAUGAAACGUACGAGGGAAUAAAUAGCUUUGCCAAGCUUCAGGAGGUCUUGAAGGGGCAUAUGCAGUUCCAGUCAAAAAGGUUUCUACUUAUUUUAGAUGAUGUAUCAGAUAAUAUGGAUGGCUACCGAUGGAACAAAGUAUUGGCCCCCUUGAGAUCAAGUCAUGUGAGGGGUAGUGUGAUUCUAGUCACAACUAGAAAUUUAUCUGUUGCGGAAAGGGUAGGCACACUUGAACCGAUCAAGUUAGGUUCUUUGGCAGAUAAUGAUCUUCGGUUGUUGUUCAAGUUACAUGCAUUUGGUGAUGAGAACUAUGAAGUACCUAGAAAUUUAAGCAGUAUUUGGCGGCAAAUAGCAGAGAACUUAAAGGGAAACCCAUUAGCAGCUGAAUCUACAGGAAUUUUACUAAGGAAGAAACUUAGCAUUGAUCAUUGGAAUGACAUCCUUAAGAAUGAAGGUUGGAAAUCCAUGCAACUCUGCACAGGCAUUAUGCCCUCUUUGAAGCUUAGCUAUGACCAACUUCCGUACUAUCUACAACAAUGUUUUUCAUAUUGUUCUAUAUUUCCUGAUAGUUAUCAGUUUCGUGCCAAGGACUUGGUCCAUAUUUGGAUUUCACAAGGAUUUGUGAAGUGUAACCAUUCCAGUAAAAGAUUGGAGGAGAUAGGACAGUUUUACUUGACUGAUUUGGUGAACCUUGGCUUCUUUCAGAAAGUCGGAGAAGAGGAAGAUGAAUCCUCUCUAGGCAGUCAAAGUUCUUAUUCUAUUUCUGGUCUCAUGCAUGAUUUUGCCAGAAUGGUUUCAGGGAAUUAUUGUGCAACUAUAGAUGGUCUACUGUGCACUAAAAUGUUGCCAACUAUACAGCAUAUAUCAAUAAUAACUGAUUCUGCAUACAGCGAAGAUUGGCUUGGGCACAUACGUCGGAAUAACAAGUUUGAAGAUAACCUGAGAAAUACAGUUAUAUCACUGAGAAAAUUGAGGACAUUGGUGUUGAUUGGCAAAUAUGACUCUCACUUCUUCCAAGUCUUCCAAGAUAAAUUCAGAACAGCGUAUAAUUUACGUUUGCUGCAAGUGUCUGCAACAUCUGCUGAUUUUAGUUCCCUCGUGUGCAGUUUGGUAGAUCCUACACAUCUUCGCUAUGUAAAACGUGAGGCUUAUUAUGGUUUGGACAGGGCUCUGCCACUGGUUCUGAUCAAGUUUUUUCAUCUUCAAGUAUUAGAUGUAGGAUCCAACAACGAUCCCGGUGUACCUGAUGGCAUGAACAAUCUUGUUAGCCUGCGGCAUCUUGUUGCAGGAAAUGGAGUAUACUCUUCGGUUGCUAACAUUGGUAGCAUGACAUCACUUCAAGAGCUACGUGAUUUUAAGGUUCAACCUCUGUCUGGUAGCUUUGAGAUAUCACAACUCCAAUCCAUGAACGAGCUUGUAGAACUUUUGGUGUCUCAACUUGAUAAUGUUGAAAGUCAAGAGGAGGCUUAUAGGGCAGGAUUGAGAGACAAAGUACACUUAGCGAAACUGCACUUGUCCUGGAAAGAUGCCUUGUCAGACGAGGAAUAUAGCAGUGACUAUAGCUCUGAAUCUUCUGAGGAGCUUAUGCCAAUGGAUGAUGGUGGCCCAAGUUCUGAACCUUCUAUGGGUACAGCGAGAGAAGUGCUUGAGGGUCUUGAACCUCAUCCGAACUUAAAGCAACUACGGAUAUCUGGAUAUAAUGGUGCUGCUUCACCAACUUGGCUAGCCAGCAAUAUCUCAGUUACUUCCUUGCAGACGCUUUAUCUUGAUGGUUGUAGAGGAUGGAAAAUACUUCCAUCUCUCCAAAGUCUUCCGUUUAUCAGAAAGCUGAAGUUGAGAAAGAUGCAGGAAGUUACAGAAGUAUUGGUUCCUUUACUGGAGGAGCUAGUUUUAAUUAGAAUGCCAAAGCUACUGAGAUGCUCAAGCACUUCUGUGGAGGGUCUGAGCUCUGUCUUAAAAACACUGAAAAUCAGGAAGUGUCAAGAACUGAAGGAAUUUGAUCUGUUUGAGAACGAUGAUAAAUCGGAAACAAGGCAGAGGUCAUGGUUGCCUGGUCUUAGGAAACUCGUUCUCAGUGAUUGCCCUCAUUUGAAAGUGUCGAGGCCUCUUCCACCUUCAACCACCAUUUCUCAGUUACUCAUCAGAAGAGUUUCAGCACUUCCAACUUUGAAUGGACCAUCUAAUGAAAAGUUACAGAUUGGGUAUUCGGGUAUGUAUGGACAUAAGUAUAUUGAUGAAUCUUCUGAUGAGUUGAGGAUACUGGAUGACAAAAUUUUGGCAUUCCAAAAUCUGAGAAACCUCAAAUCGAUGAGCAUAGGGGGUUGCCGGAAUCUAGCUUCUAUUGCGUUCAAAGGGUUCAGCCAUUUCGUCUCUUUAAAGAAUUUGGAAAUAAGCAUGUGCAAACAACUUUUAUCUUUAGAUGUGAUGCCAGAGCAUACCCUUGAAGAUGAGACAUCUUUGAAUGGCAAGACCUUCCCAUCACUUGAAACUCUCAGCAUCAAGUCAUGUGGAAUAACAGGGAAGUGGCUAUCUCUGUUGCUGCGACAUGCGCCAGACCUAGACGAAUUGCAUUUAGAGGAUAUAUUACCGAUAGGAACGGGAGACUCGUCAUUAGGGGAGGAAGAUGACGCAUUGACAGGUUUAGCUAAAGACGAGAAAGGUGACGCGUUGACAGUGUUAGCUCAAGACGGGCUCGUGCACAUUCCAUUAAAUCUCAUCUCCUCUCUCAAGAAGAUAACUAUUAAGAGCUGCCAUCAUCUAACAUUUAGCUGGAGCGAGAAAGGCUUCUCUGGAUUUGCCUCGGAGCUAAACAUUUGGGGAUGCACCAAGCCGCUCUCGUCUUUGGUGCAUAAAGACGGAAAUGAUCUCGCCAGCCUUAAAAAGUUAAUGGUAGAGUGGUCCCCAGAUUUGGAAUCUCUACAGCUGCACUCAUGCACGGCACUGGAAGAAUUGGAGAUUGGGCACUGUGGAUCUCUCACCGCACUACAGGGCUUGCAAUCCCUUGGCAACAUUAAAAAGUUAGUGGUAUACGGGUCCUCAGGUUUGGAAUCUCUACAGCUGCACUCAUGCACCGCACUGGAAGAUCUGACAAUCAAAUAUUGUGAAUCACUCAUCCAACUAGAGGGCUUGCAAUCCCUUGGCAGGCUCAGGCAUUUGGCAGUAUCUGACUGCCAUGGCUUGGGUCCAUGUUUGGAGGGCUUUCUAAGGCAGGGAUAUGAGCUGUUCCCUCAGCUGGAAACGCUCGAGACCCAUGAUACGUCUAUUCUUACCAUGUCAUUCUGCAACCACCUCACCUCCCUCCGAAGCCUACGACUUAACUUUUUGGAGAUAUCACCAUCAGAGGAGCAAGGGAAAGCGCUUGUGAUCCUUACGUCCCUACAAGAGCUCGAAUUUUAUUGUUGCUCUAGUCUAGUAGAUCUUCCUGCGGGGCUGCACCUCCUUCCUUCCCUCAAGAGGUUGAAACUGUUAUCUUGUCAGGGAAUCUCAAGGCUGCCAGAAACAGGCCUGCCACUUUCGCUGGAAGAACUGUAUAUAUAUGAGUGUAGCAAUGAGCUAAAUGAUCAAUGCGCGGGUCUAGCAACGAGCAAGCUAAGGGUCAAAAUUAAUGAAUACUGGUAGGUUUUAUAAGCCUUCCCAAAGUUCUUAAACCAUGUACAUGCACGUAUGCUCUGCAGCUAUAUACAUGCACUUCUGACAUCGGAAUGCUAGCUCUUGUGUGAUAAACAACACCAGACGGAUAUGUUGGGGUUGACUAAACUCACGUCUCCCUGCCCCCCAAAAAAAAGAGGGAGACUAAACUCAUGUCUCGAUCAGCCAGAACUCCCAGAAGACAGGAUGGCCACACCAGCAAACACCCAGUCCGCGCAUAAAUUGUUAUUAGAACUGAAUAUGCAAACCUGCAACCUGUUUUGUCUGUCACUGGUUACUACUAGUUUCAUCUGCUGUGAUAGGAGUGAUGGAGAUAUGCCGAUAAGAUGUGUAUGUAUUAUGCCAUUUUGGUACUGUAUAUCCUAUUGGGUUCAUUUCUCUU